AUGGCCGACGAGAAUGGUUCUGAGCCGAUCAAGCGCGAUGUGCGCAACCACAUGCUCUUCGAGGUGGCCACCGAGGUAGCUAACCGCGUUGGCGGUAUCUACUCGGUGCUCAAGUCCAAAGCUCCAGUCACCACGGCCGAAUAUGGAGAACGCUACACUUUGAUCGGCCCCCUGAACAAGGCUUCAGCCGCCGUUGAGGUAGAAGAACUCACCCCGGCCAGCCCGGCUAUGCGCGAAACCAUCGCCUCCAUGACCGAGCGUGGAAUUGAAAUUGUCUACGGGCGCUGGCUGAUUGAAGGCGCCCCGCGCGUUUUGCUCAUCAACACUGGUACUGGGUACCGUUGGUUGGAUGAAUGGAAGGGCGACCUGUGGAACAUUUCGGCGAUCCCAUCCCCCGACGCUGAUCAUGAGACCAAUGAGGCAAUCGUCUUUGGUUAUCUCGUGGCGUGGUUCUUGGGUGAGUACAUUGCUCAUGAACGCCGCCGGGCCGUUGUGGCCCACUUCCAUGAAUGGCUGGCAGGCGUUGCUCUACCGUUGACUAAGAAGCGUCAUAUGGACUUGACGACUAUUUUCACCACACACGCCACUCUGCUGGGCCGAUACCUCUGUGCUGGCUCGGUCGACUUUUACAACAACCUCCAACACUUCGACGUCGAUGCAGAGGCCGGGAAGCGUGGCAUUUACCACAGGUACUGCAUUGAGCGCGCUGCGGCACACAGCUGUGAUGUCUUUACAACUGUGUCGCACAUCACCGCGUUCGAGAGUGAGCAUCUGCUCAAGCGUAAGCCUGACGGUGUUCUGCCCAAUGGGCUGAACGUGAAGAAGUUCUCUGCUAUGCACGAGUUCCAGAACCUGCACUCGCAGGCGAAGGAGAAAAUCAAUGACUUUGUUCGGGGUCAUUUCUAUGGCCACAACGACUUUGAUCUCAAUAACACCAUUUACAUGUUUACUGCUGGUCGGUACGAGUUCCGUAAUAAGGGCGUCGACAUGUUCAUUGAGGGACUGGCUCGCCUCAACCAUCGGUUAAAGAGUAGCGGAUCGGAGACAACUGUCGUUGCAUUCAUCAUCAUGCCCGCCCAGACCUCCUCCUUGACUGUCGAGGCACUCAAGGGCCAAGCGGUUGUCAAGUCUCUUCGGGAUACAAUCGAGAACAUUGAGAAGGGAAUUGGAAAGCGGAUGUACGAGCGGUGUCUUUCUUGGAAGGAAGGAGACAACAUGCCCGACGAGAAGGACCUUAUCACGAGUCAGGAUCGUGUCCUGCUUCGUCGUCGCUUGUUCGCGAUGAAGCGGCACGGCCUGCCUCCUAUCGUCACCCACAACAUGGUCAACGACCAUGAAGACCCCAUCUUGAACCAGCUGCGCCGCGUGGAGAUGUUCAACAGAGAGUCCGACCGUGUCAAGAUCGUUUUCCACCCGGAGUUCCUCAACUCCUCCAACCCAGUGCUUCCAUUGGAUUACGACGACUUUGUCCGCGGAACUCACCUGGGUGUGUUCCCAUCUUACUACGAGCCCUGGGGCUACACCCCCGCCGAAUGUACCGUCAUGGGCGUUCCCAGCAUCACUACUAAUCUGUCCGGAUUUGGAUGCUAUAUGGAGGAGCUGAUUGAGAACUCCUCGGACUACGGCAUCUACAUCGUUGACCGUCGCCUGAAGGGUGUGGACGACUCGGUCAACCAGCUGACUGACUUCAUGUACAAUUUCACCCUCAAGAGCAGACGUCAAAGAAUCAACCAGCGUAACCGCACGGAACGCCUGAGCGAUCUCUUGGAUUGGAAGCGUAUGGGUCUGGAAUACGUCAAGGCUCGCCAGCUCGCAUUGCGCAGAGCUUAUCCUUCCUCAUUUGAUGGAGCGGAGGACUACUUUGACAUUAUUGGUGGCACAGAGCAGAAGAUCUCCCGCCCUCUGUCGGUGCCCGGCUCCCCACGCGAUCGCUCUGGGAUGAUGACCCCAGGUGACUUUGCCUCGCUACAGGAGGGCCGUGAGGGGCUAAGCACCGAGGAUUACAUUGCCUGGAAGCUUCCUGAGGAGGAGGAACCGGACGAGCCCUUUUUCCCGCUUACCCUUCGAACUCGCAAGUCUGCUGAUCGCCCCCAGUCGCCCUUGGACCGCAUCCCUGUCAAUGGGGGAAGCCAUUCGCCGAAACAUGAGUAG